AUGAAGCUCGUUUGGUCUCCAGAAACUGCCUUGAAAUCAUACAUAGACACUGUGAAACUGAAAUCCAGUGAAAAAUUCAAAGAAUCUGGUGUAGCUGAGCUUCUAUCAUCCAUGGCAGCCGGAUGGAACGCCAAGUUCAUCGUCGAAUGUUAUUCCAACUGCGGUCCGAUAGCCGCGAGUAUUGGCCUAGCAGUUGCUGCUCGCAACACGGGUGCAAGACAUGUGUGCAUAGUUCCAGAUGAAGGUACAAGGCUACACUACACAAAAGCCCUAGCCGAGAUGGGAGUAUCGCCACCACCGGAGAUAGUACGCGGUGAAGCAGAGACAGUGAUCAAAAGCCUCGACGGCCUUGAUUUUCUCGUGGUGGAUUGUAGACUUAGGGACUUUGCUAGGGUUCUUAAGGUUGCAAAAGUUAGUACUAGAGGCGCAGUUUUGGCAUGCAAAAAUGCAUGGCAAAGAUCGAAUUUCUCUUGGUUUAAAUGGAACAUGGUUCUUGAAAGAGGCACACGUGUGGUUAGAUCGGUUUUUUUGCCGGUUGGAAUGGGUUUGGAUAUUGCUUACAUAGGAAGUAGAAUUAAUGGUGGUGGUGGUGGAUCUUCUAGUGCUGGUUCUUCAAAGGGUACUACUAGCCGUUGGAUCAAACACAUAGAUCAACAAUCAGGAGAAGAACAUCUUUUUAGAGAGAGUAGUUUUUAA